AUGCUAAAUAUAAAUUUUCUAAUAAUAUUAUGUGUAAUAACUUUAAAUGUGUGUGUGGCCCAAGAUAAAUGGAGUUGGCCUAAGAGAAAAACGAAUCAAAAAGUGCGUAGUUAUUAUCCUUUGGCGGAUAAAAGAGUGUAUUACACGGAAGAUCAGUAUGCUAGAGUAGAUCGUGAUCGUGAGCCAACAACAAAACGUCCUUUACCGGGCCAGCCACAAAAUGAUGAUAUCGAUGAUUAUCCGGAUGCAAAUGAUGAGGCCACCAAACAAAAUAGUCCCUAUCUACCUAAUGGUGCUGUAGGAAAUCCUCGUUUUGGUGGCAAUUUUAAUGGUUUCGGUAAUUAUCCACAAAUUGGUGGAGGUUUUCCCGGCAAUACUCCUAAUGGUAUUUUGGUGGGUCCCGGAGGUCCAACUGGCAUAAUUGGCAGACCUCAAGGCCAAUAUCCAGGAGGGGUGGCACCUUCGCCCUAUCCAGGCCCCCAAGCCGGUUAUCCUGGUUAUCCAGUAACACAACAUUUUCCAGGAGCUGCUGUUAACAGUAAUCCCGGAUUUCCUGGCUAUAAUGGGCUCAACAAUGGCUUGGGUCAAUAUCCUGGACAAUAUCCUGAACAACCUUCCUACGCAAAUCCUAAUAAUCCCCAACAAUUUGCGGGUGCUCAAUAUCCCCAAGCACAAUUUCCCGGUGUCCAGUACCCUCAACAGCCUCAAUACACAGAAGGCUAUGGCUUGGCCAAUUUAAAUCCUGGAUUUAAUGCUAAUCCUGGUUUCAAUGUCAAUCCACAAUUUAAUGGUAAUUUCAAUCCCAACUAUGGUUUCGGCUAUGACGAAUAUCCAGCUCAGGCGGAGGGUAAAAGUGCUCGAGUUAAAGCAAUCGAUAAGAAAGUGGACGAUAAAGUGACGAAAAAUCUAAAGAAAUCAUAAUCGGGCUGAGAUCGCUAUACAUUUCAUACAUACAUUUCUCAUUAUUAGUUUAGUAAAGAAAAUCGUUUUUUAUACAUUUAAAAUAUUUGUAAAAAUUAAUGCUUUUUUAUAUAAACUUUGAAAAGGAUGUUGCAGUAAGAGACGUUUUUUUGUAAUAAUUCCAAAUAAACUAAUUUAAGUUAAAUUAAUUUGUAAUUCAGAAACACAAUCGGAACACAAUUUUGUAUGAAAAUCUCUAAUUGUUUAAUGAUUUUCAUACAAACAUUUUCUAGUAGUGUAUCUUUUAAGAAAUGUAUUUGUCUUUAUUUAAAAUAACAUCUCUCUCUCUCUGAAACAUCCUCUAUUUUUAAAUUGUUGUUUUUUAUAUUAAAUAUAUGUUAAUUAUACAUAAAUAUUUUUAUAUCGUUUCUUACCAAUGGUUGUUAUAACAAUAAUCGAAUAAAACAAUGAUCCUGCAAA